AUGGCAACGACAGACAUCCUUGAGCCGCGUCCAUGCGCCGACGGAGCGGUCAAGGUGCUUCAUCAGAUAUCGCGACCAUUUUCAGACGGUAGCAUCAUUGACAGAGAGGUUUCUGUCCUGGAAGAUGGGACGACUCGGAAAGCCGUGCGACGGAGCCGGUCCUAUCUGGACGCAGAGCGGGGGAAUCUGGAGCUCGUCGCGCAGCGCACAGAAGUACCGGUGCCUCGCGUCUACGACUUCUACGCAAAGGGGGAAUUCGAGUACCUUGUCAUGGAGAAGAUGCCAGGGGUGACGCUGGAAUCGGCCUGGCCCGACCUGUCGGAUGCGGAGAGGGAGGACGUGGCCGACCAGGUUGCGGGACUCGUGGGGGAGCUGCGCCGCCUGCAGUCUCCUCUUAUCGACGCGGUGCUCGUCAACAGGGAGCCUCUCCGACCGGGCCUACGGAACACCCUGGACUUUACCAUGGAGCGCAUUAAGAGCCAUACUUGGUGCGAGGCCGUCGUGGGGUACGUCCGGCGGCGGUGCGAGCCGCUGCGGGACGCGCCCAACGUCUUCACCCACGGCGACCUGGACUGGAGCAACGUCAUGGUGCAAGGGGCGCGGGUGUGCGGCAUCAUCGACCUGGAAAGCGGCGGCUUCAUGCCGCCGCACUGGGAGUGGAUGGCGGCGAGGCGGAUGACGGCGCACGGCGGCGGCACGGGGUGGUUCCGGCUGCUGGAGGCGCGGCUGCGGCGGCAACAGCAGGAGGCGGCGGGGAUGGGCGAGGUGGAAGCAGUCGUGGAGGCGCUAAAGCGGCAUGCAGCCUGGGCGCUGGGGCCGGACGAGCGGGCGGCGAACCGGCGCGAGAGGUGGGCGGAGGUGGGAGCUUUGCUAGGCGUGGAUGUCGGGUCGGCGCCGGAGGUGAUGUAUGGCUCGUGUGCAGAGAAUCCAUGGUGGCUUGAGUAUAAGGAUAGGGGGAGGGGGCUCGGUGAGGCAGAGCCAGGGGAGGAUCUAUGUUAG